AUGUUCACUAUCGACGAUAAAGUGAAGCGGCUGAUCGCGGUGCAGCUCAACUUGGACCUUCGAAAUGUAACGAACUCCGCAAGUUUCGCGGACGACCUAGGAACCGAUGACUUUGACACGACAGACCUGAUCAUUGCCUUGGAAGAGCAUUUUGAUACCGAGGUUUCGGAUGAAGAAAGAGAAAAGAUGAAAACUGGUAAACCUAUUUCUCCUAACAUAUGGUGUUGA